UCACUUUAUGCCUUCGCUUCCUGUAACCUAUACUACACGUGAUAAAGACUACCUGAAUCUAUUUAAUCGAUUUAAUCUAUCAAGAUAUUCAAAAUACGAGUAGUAGUAGACCCAUAUGGUUUCAAUAGGCCUAGUAGUCUAAAUGUUAUGAUUGUAAUGGAAGUGUUAGCCUACUAUUGUCACCUUUUAGUAAUGUCAUUUUAAUCCGUUUAACAGAAUGAGUCAGUGGAAGCAAAUUCAACAGUUAGAUAUCAAGUUUCUGGAGCAGGUUGAUUAUUUCUAUGAUGACACCUUCCCAAUGGAGGCUCGGCAGGUGUUGGCCAACUGGAUUGAGGGGCAAGACUGGGAAACGGCCGCCAACCACGAGUCGAUGUCCACUGUGCUGUUUAACAACCUCCUCAUCCAGCUUGACCGCCAGUGUUCCCAAGAGCCCAACUUCCUCCUCCGGCACAACCUCAAGAGGAUCACACAGCAGCUUCAGAUGAAAUAUAAGACCAACACAGUCCAAGUGGCUGUGAUCAUCUCCAGUUGUCUGAGAGAGGAGAGGAGGAUCAUCUCUUUAGCCAACAUACAGGAACAGGGGCCUUUGGAAAAGUCUAUGCAGAAUUCUGAAGCUUUCGAAAGGCAGAAAAACCUGGACAACCGCGUGGCUGUGAUUCGGAGUAGCGUUCAGAUGAUGGACCAGGCAGUGAAAUAUCUGGAGGACAUGCAAGAUGACUUUGAUUUCCGCUAUAAAACUCUCCAGUCGCGAGAGGCUGUGCAUGUGUCCGCAGAUCCAGUGGAGAGGAACUCACAGUGCAUGAAACAGGAAGUGGCCCUGCUCCAGGAGAUCCUCAACCGCCUGGACUUCAAACGGAAGGAAAUACUGUCCAAGAUGGCUGAUGUCAUCAAGGAAAUCAACGACAUGAUGAGCACACAGCUGAACUUGGAGCUCAUGGAUUGGAAACGACGGCAGCAGAUCACCUGUAUCGGAGGUCCGGUUCUCACUGGGAUGGACCAGCUACAGAACUGGUUCACCCUGACAGCACAGAGCUUGUUUCAGAUCAAACGGCAACUGGACAAACUGGGCGAACUCAUCCACAAAGUCACCUAUGAGAGUGACCCCAUCCCCUUACAGAAACCACAGAUGGAAGAGCAGGUCAAAUUUCUCAUCUAUCACCUCAUCAAAAGUUCCUUCGUAGUGGAAAAGCAACCGUGUAUGCCCACGCACCCACAGAAACCACUUAUCAUCAAAACACAAGUGCAGUUCACCACCAAGGUCAGGUUACUGGUGAAACUGCCAGAGGUGGACUACCAGCUAAAAGUGAAGACAACAUUUGACAAGGAUCCGCCACCAGGCAAAGUGAAUAGGCAGUUUUUUAUCCUGACCCAAAACACAAAGGUGAUGGAUGUGGAGGAGUCCUCCAAUGGCUGCCUCUCAGUGGAGUUCAGACACCUGCAACUGAAAGAAAAGAAGUUUAGUGGCACAAAAGGAAAUGAGGGCCCCCUUACUGUGACUGAGGAGCUUCACUCCCUCAGCUUUGAAGCCCAGUUCUGUCUGCAGGGAAUGACCAUCGACCUGGCGACGUGCUCCCUGCCUCUGGUGGUGAUCUCCAACGUGAGCCAGCUCCCUGCUGGCUGGGCCUCGGUCAUGUGGUAUAACCUGCUGACUGAUGAGCCGGAGAACCUGAGUUUCUUCAGUAGCCCUCCCAGGGGCACAUGGAGCCAGCUCUCCGAGGUGCUCAGCUGGCAGUUCUCCUCCUUCGCCGGACGCGGCCUCAACAAGGAGCAGCUGAGCAUGCUGGGAGAAAAACUCCUGGGCCAGCAACCAGCACACAAUGACUGUCAGGUGUCCUGGUCCAAGUUCUGCAAGGAAAAUAUUCCUGGGAAGCCGUUUAGCUUCUGGAUUUGGUUGGAUUCUAUUCUAGACCUCAUUAAGAAGCACUUGCUUCCUGUAUGGAUUGAUGGCAACAUAAUGGGCUUUGUGAGCAAGGAGACGGAGCGCGCCCUUCUGAGGGAGAAAGAUUCCGGAACUUUCUUGCUGCGCUUCAGCGAGAGCCACCUGGGCGGGAUCACCUUCACCUGGGUGGAACAGGCCGACAAUGGGGAGGCCAAGUUCAUCUCAGUGGAACCCUACACAAAGAACCGACUCUCUGCUCUUCCAUUUCCUGACAUCAUCCGGGACUACAAGGUUAUUGCGGAUGGCAUUGUGCCGGAGAACCCUCUUAAGUUCCUGUAUCCCGAUAUUCCCAAAGACGAGGCAUUUGGGAAGUAUUAUAACAGUCAGCAGAGCAAAGGCAAGAUUCACAUUUUUCCAUACUUUCCCAUGUCUCUGAUUCCAAUCUCCACUCUAACCUCAAUAACCCAUGCAACGACACCAACAUGUUCCUCCCCAGAGCCACCCAUGAGUCCUGGCAUGUUCGAUGCCCUCAGCCAGACCCUGAGCCCGUUUGAGAUGGCUGCUAUCAGUUCACCAUAGGCCUGACAAAGAAAAUUCUGAGAAAUGUUCUGUUGAGAUCUCUGCUACAUCUGCACGUUCUGAUGGAUGGACUGGACGCUUGCGUGACAUGUUUCUCUUUUCUCGUUCCCUUGCAGAAGGCCUUGUUUUGUCUUAAGUGUAUAACGUGAUAUGCCCAAUAUGUCAAAAUGUGAUCAUUUAGUUUAAAUGCCUUUAAAUGUAACUGUGGAAAGUGGAAUGUGGCAUGUGAGUUAAGAUUGAUUUGCCAUUCAAAAAGGGAGAAAAACAACAAAGAAAGAAGAACAAUGUCACAUUGAGCUUGACAAUCAUCGGGGUGCUUAAAAGAGCCUUACAAUCAAAAACAAUUUACUAUUCAUUUUUUUUCUUGUUUCUUUUUAAAAAAUAUUAUUUCGACUGUGU